GCCAUGAUAAUAUGUGUAAAAUAGUGUUUUAGUUGAAAAUAUCCAUUUUGACAUUUCAAACAAAAAUGAUAAUCUAAUUCGAUCAACUAUAGAUAUAUUUUCUAAAAUGACGGUCAAAUUAGAUAAAUUAUUAUAUUUUCGUUUGGUCCGUACUUGUCCGGUGAUCGGUAUUGUUACAAUUUUAACAAUUUGUUUUAGCCUAUUCGCUUUCAUUGUAUAUCGAGAUGCAUUACCAAUGUUUGAUGAUCCGACCAUUGGUUUUGAAGCUCGAAAUACUGAUCUAUCCAAUCGUAUUAAUACAUGGCGAUUAUUGAUCGAAAGUACAUCAUGGAAUGGUGCACUUAGUCUAUAUCCAAAAUCAUUUAUUUCCAACAAUGUCAGUAAUGAUUUAGUAGAAGAAUCAAUAAACAUUCGACGAACAAAUGUUACCGGAAGAAUUAAAUCUAAGAAACAGAAUCGCGAUAAAAUAAAGCGAAAAAAUAAGGCAAAAAAAAGUAAUCAACCAUAUGCGAAUCCGUUUGAAUCAAAAAAUCAUUAUUCAAGUUCAUUUUUCUGUGGGAAAAUUGUCGGCGAUUAUGUUCAAAUUGUCGUCGAAACUAAUGACGGUACUAAUUUAUUGGAUUUAAAAUCAAUUAAAAAUCUCUGCCUACUUGACCAACGUAUGUUACGUAUGGAAAAUGAUAAAGAACAAAAAUUUUCGCUCAACAAUUCUACGAUAUUUAAUGAAUAUUGUGAAUCAAAAAACUUUGAUAAAUGUUGUCCAAGUUGGUCGAUAGCCAAUUUUAUAUUGAUUUUUGUCAACAAAACUAAUUGUGAUGACCUUAUCGAUGAAGAUUUGGAAAAAUUUGUCAAACAUUUAGAUGUUUGUUCAGCAUUCUAUGCUGGACAUUACCUAAAUGAAGAUUGUUCAAUUGAAGAACCUUGUCCAAAUACACCACCCGAAUGUUUUCAACAUGAAAAUCUUGUGUUCAAUGUAUUUCAUUAUCUUGUAGAUUAUCGUUUCAUGAAUAUGGACCGUAAGAUUCUAAAUCCUAAUCAAUUGAUUGAAACAUCAAACAAUGAUUCCGCCACUACAUUUCCAUUAUUGAGAUCAACAAGUAUUAUAUUGCCUAUUGCAAAAAGCAGUAAAUUAAUGGCCUAUUAUGAAAACAUAACGAAAAGUUUAAAGACAUUUUCUCAUUCAUUGAUGAAAAAUAAUGAUCCAUUUUCGGCAUUGAAUCUAAUUCAAUUGUUUCGGCCAUCAUCUUCAUCAGCAUCAAAUGAUUUAUCAUUCGGUAAUGUUGCUGUAGUUGCUGCUGAUAUGGGAUUGAAAUAUACAUUAUUCAAUAAAUCACUUAUUUCGGAUUUAUUGUUACCUUCGUUAGCUGGCCUAAUCAUCAUGAUUUCAUUAUUAAUAUUUACUCGAUCGACAUUAUUAACUGUGAUGACUUUGCUCACUAAUUUAGCAUCACUUUCAACUGCUUAUUUCAUCUAUACAUUUGUGUUUAAUAUCAAUUUUUUUCCAUUUCUAAAUUUAUUAUCAUUGAUCAUUCUUGUCGCUAUUGGAUCAGAUAAUGCUUUGAUCUAUUGUAAAACAUGGUCUUGUGCAUCGCAUCAUCGAAGUAGUCGUGGUGGUACAAAUUCGUUAAUAACUCGCCGUCUUACACCAAAUUACGAAACCGAACUAAGCCAAAUAUUAAAUCAUGUAUUAAUGUCAUCGUUUUGUGCAAGUUUCACAACAUGCGGUGCUUUUUUUGCCGGAUAUUUUUCCGAUAUUACUUCAUUAAAAUGUUUCAGUAUUUUCUCUGGAUUAGCGAUAAUUACGAAUUUUUUCAUCACAGCUAUUGUUUUUCCAUCGGCUAUUGUUAUUUCCGAUCGUAUCAUUGAAAUUCAACAAAUAUUUAUCGACAAAUAUUGUUCAUUUAAAUUGAUCGAAAAAUUUCAUUGGCCUGAUUGUUUAAAAUUUAUAUUUGAUAAAAUUAUCUUGAAACUUAUCUUCAAUUAUUAUUAUCUAUUGACAUUCAUACUCACUUUGAUCUCAAUCUUAUCGGCUGUUGUCGUAAUUUAUGAACCAGGAUUACAACUUCCCACCAGUCAAGAAUUUCAAAUUUUCUAUUCUAAUCAUCUAUUUGAACGUUAUGAUUUUGAAUAUCGUAACAUGUUCUGGUUUUCUCGUAUUGAUACCAAAGUUAAAACUGCCGAUUUUGUUUCAUCUGAAUAUUCUGAUAAUCAAAAACAACAAACAGGUUUGACACAAUCUAAUUUUGUCUUACCUAUACGAGUUGUAUUUGGCAUUCUACCCGAAGAUAAUGGAAAUUUUUUAGAUCCUUUUGAUCGAGGUAAAUUAAUAUUCGAUGAAAAUUUUAACAUUUCUUCGCAACGUUCACAAGUUUGGUUAUUGGAAUUUUGUCGCGAAUUACGUUCACAACCAUUUUACAAACCAACACUUGGUCCAUUAUUAACCAAUUGUUUUAUCGAAACAUUACAAUCUUGGAUGUUGAAACGAAAAUGUUCGGAAAUUGUUGGCAACGAUAUUAUAGAUCAUUUUCCAUGCUGUGAAAUGACAAAAUUUCCUUAUGAACCAUAUGUAUUCAAUUAUUGUUCAGCUGAAUUAAUUGAUCGUUUACAUCGUACACCAAAUUUUAUAUUUAAUACACAUCAAGCUGGACCACGUUUUGAUGUCAAAACUGGUUCAUUCAAAGCAUUAGUCAUUGAAUAUGAUUCUAUAUUUGAUGGAUUCUCAACCUCAUUCGAAACGAUUGAUCAUGUAUGGAAAGAAUUGAAUACCUGGGUAGAGGAACGAUUAGAUAUGGCACCCGAAGAGCUUAAAAGCGGUUGGUUUAUCACAAAUAAUAUGGAAUUCUAUGCUCUGCAACAUUCAUUAUCAACCGGUGUGAUCAAAUCAUUAUUUAUAUCCGUAUUAUUUGCAUUCAUUACAUUAGUAUUUACCACAAUGCAUUUACGUCUCAGUAUUGUUUCAAUCAUAACAAUUACUUUCAUCAUAUUUUCAUCGAUAGCAACUUUAGUUUUACUUGGAUGGAAAUUGAAUAUAAUCGAAAGUAUAGUCAUUUCUUUAACGAUCGGUCUUUCCAUCGAUGCUACCCUUCACUAUACGAUUGCCUACAAAAUGCUUACCAAAUUUCAGGAUAAUCGAUUACUUGGAAUUCAGAUGACCGUUGCAAGGAUUGGUAGCCCUGUUGCUAUGGGAUCGAUCACAACAUUUAUAGCUGGAGCAAUCAUGCUUUUAUCAAACGUUUUAGCUUAUAUACAAAUUGGUACAUUUUUGAUGGUCAUAUCAUUUUUUAGUUUUAUAUUUUCUACAUUAUUUCAUAUGAGUUUACUUAUCAUAUUUGGUUGUACGAAAUCUGUAACCGGAUCGAAUUGUUUAUCAUUUGAUUCAUUUCGAAAAUGGAUCCGUAAACAAAAAGUUUCAUCAAAUACUAAUCAGAUAUCAUUGGUAUCAAAAAAUUUUAAACAAUCAUCAACAACAAACAAUUAUGAUCAUGUUAAUAACAAUAAUAAUAGUAACAGUAUAAAUAAUUUAUAUGUUACUGAAUUAUCUUCAACAACCACUUUACCACGUUCAAGUAUAAACAGUGUUUGUUUACGUGUAACAUCAAUUUGAUUCUUUUUUCACAC